GAUGGCCUGCAAGUCCUUCAACUAUUGGCCACGCCGAAGCUAAUGGCACUUGUCUCAUUGAUCUUCGAGGAUUUCGAGGGACAUGUUGCCAAAAUUGGACUUGCACGGUGGUAGAGGUGCACCAGAUAAGGACUCAUUGAGGGCCAAUGUCAGCGAGGCCGUGGUUGCUCUCCCACGCCUGCGAUUGUUGCGCCAGGUGACUAGCAGGGAUGAACAGAGAGUGAAGCACGGACAUCAUUUCCAUUCGUCCCCGCGCAGUCCUUUGAACUCCGAUUCCGAUGUGCGACGUGGUAGAGGUAUGGUGCGGCCUGUCCGAGACAAGGGCCGUUCGCCAUCGCCAAUGCGGCAGAGACGCUUGCCAGAGGAGCAGAACAGUUACACGCCUCAUCAUGACGCCCAGCAGCGAGUUCGACAACACAUGCGGCAGAAACGAAGGAAGGCGAAAGAAGAGGAGGAGCUCCGCGUUUUAGAGGAGAAGGAGCGCCAAGAGCGAAUGCAGAAAUCAAUGCCGCAGGUGGAGGCUUACCGUCGAGAGCUUGCGCGUAAAGCUGCUGAGCUACAUCGCCGAGAGAAGGCGGAGAAGGAGAUCGCAGCCGUUGAGCAGGAGCAAUUGGCAUCUGCCCGGCGGGAAAGAGUCAACAGGUAUAUGAGGCCAGAUGCCAUCAAUGAGCAUCUACGUAGGUUCGACAACAGCGCGGAGAUGACACAUUCCGCUGGUGAGGAUCGCCGUCCAGCAGGCUCUUCAGUGCGUGCCACGCGGCUUGACGACGAAGCUAAAGAUGUUAUUGUUUCUGGCAGUUUUGCCACUGGAAGCGUGCGCGCAAGGCACAAGGUCCUCCUAUCGCCAAGACGACAGGGUGGGAAUGUAAGAAGUCGUGGUUGGGAUGAAAGUGUCCACGAGGCUCAAGUUGAUCCCAACAGCUUCCAAGGUUCUGAACCAGCUGCUCUUGAUGAAGGACAGGAGGAAAAUUGGAAGACUGCGGUCGAUGCCUCGCCCACAGAAGUUCCCAGUCCAACGACUGGCACGACAGGGACAGGUCAAGCACCCACCGAAAGUCAUGGUACACUUGAAGCCCAACAGGAGGCAACCGAGGCCAGUACAUCUGACCUGCCAAAGGAGGAAUCACAGAUUCCACAGUCCACCAGCGGUGAAGCAAAGGGGCAGUUCCAAGCAUCUGAUGAGAAUGCUGAUGGCGCAGUGCAUGCUGAGACUGCGACAGGUAAGACAGAGGCACCAUCUGCUCCAGGCCAAGAGGCCAAAGAGACAGUGCCAUCCCUCUCGAAAGAAGUCGAGAUUCCAACAGGCUCCCCCGAGCAAGAGACAGUUAACCCAGCUGAAAGCUGAUUUGCUUGUAUAUCUUGUAUGAGCUUGUACUUUAAUCCAGAGUCAAGUUCAACCGUCAACAAAUUCUUUUUCGAGUGACAUGGAGGAAGCGAGAAUGAAUUUGCUUCAAACUCCAGAGCUUCCUUUUUUUAGCUGAAUGAGCAAGGCUUUAGCUUAAGCUUUGGCUGGCUUUGGCUUAUUCAGAGACGCGUCGUCUUACAAGUACAUACUGUAGCUUAGAAUCGAUGCUGGAAGCUUUUUUAAAGCUUGCUGCAGUUUGCUCCCGUGUCAAGGGAUGCUGAUACUUUAU